AAAUCCCCCAAAACAAAAAAAAAAAAAAAGGAUAUUUAAAAAACUCAAAUAGUUCAUGGCUACCCAUAAAUCUCCCUGACACAGAAAUGGUGGUUCUGGCUUGAGACUUGAUACUGGAUCUCACAAACGCUGUCGUUUCGUUUCGCUUGCUCUCUCUCUGCCAUAAAAGAUCUCUCUGUUUGCAUUAGGGUUUUGCUUUUACACAAGCAAAGCAAAUGGCGGACCCCUCGAACAUGGUCGUCGACGUAGACGCUGAGCCAGAUGCCAAUGCCCUAGUUCAGCCCAGGAAAACCCUCAAGCGAAAGCGACCAUCUUCAACCUCAACGGCGCUGGCCUUCAACUUAACGAUUGACCAGAAGGCAGCCCAAAUCGAAGCCCUUAACAAAGAACUCGAAGGGCUUUUUGGAUAUUACAAACAAGUGGUGAAUCAGAAAGUGGGGUGUGGUUUUUCUUUAGAUUCGGGUGCAAAUGAUGGUAAUACGCUGAAUGGGAUGGUGGGCUUAUUGAUGGAGGAAAGCGACUUGCCUCUGUCGAAAUUGGUGGAUGUGAUUUAUAGAAAGUUGGUGGGGGAGAGACUGAAGGACAAUGUGAGUGUUACGGUGGCGGUGGUCAAGAGUGCGGUGUUGUUUGUAGGGCAGAGAGUGAUGUACGGAGUGCCUAAUGUGGAUGCUGAUGUUUUGGAGGAUGAGACUCAGGCUUGUCUCUGGUGUUGGGAGACAAGAGAUCUAAAGCUGAUGCCAAAAAAUGUGCGUGGUGCAUUGACAAUUCGGCGAAUGUGUAGGAAAAAGAUCCAAGAGAGAAUUAGUGCUGUUUCUGCAAUGAUAUCUGCUUUACAAAAGUUAGAGAGUGAUCAGACUUGCACAACUGAUUUGAUGAGAGCAUCAGAAAAGCUUGGUAAAGUGUUACAAGAGGCAGAUAUCCGUUUGUUAGUGGAUAGUAUGUUGCAGAAGAAUGGUGCAGAGAUGGCUGGCAAGGAAGCAAGACGAGAGCAGAAAUUGCUCAUCAAACAACUGGAGAAAAAUAAAAAAGAAGCUGAAAAGGAGAAAAAGAGGAUGGACCUUGAACUUCAAAAGGAAAAGAGGCAAACUGAAAAGGAGCAAAAGCGAUUGCAGGAGGAGGCAGAAAAGGAUGAAAAACGUCGUGAAAAAGAAGAGUCCGAAAUGAGGAGGCAUCUAAGAAAGCAGCAAGAGGAAGCUGAAAAAGAACAACGGCGUAGAGAGAAGGAAGAAGCUGAACUGAAAAAGCGAAUUGCUAUACAGAAGCAAGCUUCAAUCAUGGAACGCUUUAUUAAAAGAAGCAAAAGUAAUUCACCAUGUCAAAAUGAAGAGGCUUUAACAAAGAUGCCCGCACCUGAUUUGAAAAGCAAGCAUAGUGAGAAGAUGCCAGGAGCAGUUACUGUAGCGAUGGACCAUACUCUUUCAUCAAAUGAUAACCUUAGAUUUAAUGAUAUUCGCAAGUUGCACUUAUCUUCAUGGCAACAUUUAGGUCAUGCUAUUCAUUCAAAUAGAAAACAGCAUUGGAGCAUCCGUCAGAGACCUAAGACUGAAUUGUUCAAGGAACUUAAGCUAACUGCUACAAGGGAACUUGCUCAUGAUGAUGAGUCGAGUGUAGAUAAGCUUGUAAGCAGAUGGGGAGAACAGUCCUCUGAUGAUAGAUCAUUUGUAACUAAUUCAGAGAGUUCUCCUGAUUGUAAAAAGUGGACGAGGAGGAAGCAGUUGUUGCAGUUUGAUAAGAGUUAUAGACCUGCAUUUUAUGGCAUUUGGCCUAAGAAAAGUCAUGUCAUUGGACCACGCCACCCUUUUAGGAAGGAUCCAGACUUGGAUUAUGAUAUUGACAGUGAUGAAGAAUGGGAAGAGGAGGAUCCUGGUGAAAGCCUCUCAGAUUGUGACAAGGACGAUGAAGAACGAAGUUUAGAGGAAGGAUGUUCAAAAGAUGAAGAAGAAGAAAGUGAAGAUGGAUUUUUUGUACCUGAUGGGUAUCUCUCAGAAAAUGAGGGAGUACAAGUUGACAGAAUGGAAACUGAUCUAUUAGUUAAGGAGGGCAGAGGAUCAGAAAGUUGCAAUCAAGACUCAGAAAGUGAGGAAUUUUACAUGUUGCUUCAACAACAAAAGUAUCUGAACAACUUAACAGAGACUGCACUUCGGAAAAAUCAGCCCUUGAUUAUAUUAAAUCUAAUGCAUGAGAAAGUCCCAUUAUUACUGGCAGAAGAUCUAACUGGUACUCAUAAAUUGGAAAAGAUGUGUUUGGAAGCUCUUAGCAUGCGUACUUUCCCAGGUUGGCUGCCUAUGGAAAUAUCAAUGGCAAACAUACAAUCUGAAGAUCAAGAUGUGUGUGGUUCAAGUGGCAAGGCCACUAGAACACAUACCUCAACUGCAAUAACCAUAAAAGGAUCAGAUAUGCCUAUAAUUGUUUCUGCUAUUCAGUCUUGCCCACAUAAUAUCAACAAAGUGGUGGAAUCCUUGCAGCAGAAAUUCCCAACUGUGCCAAAGUCUCAAUUAAGAAAUAAAGUUCGUGAGAUAUCUGAUUUUGUAGACAAUCAUUGGCAGGUCAAGAAAGAAAUUCUGGAUGAAAUUGGCAUAUCAAUAUCACCAGCGAAGGGAGGGAUACGGAUGCAAAAUAUUUCAACGUUUUUCUCAAAGAGGUGCUUGCCUCCAGCUGGUAAAAGUAUCAAUCCCAUUGAGAGUUCUCCGCAGUCAUCUCUAAAAUCUGAUUCUGUAGUGGAGGGGCAACAGGCUUUCACAUGCUCACACCUGUAGCCUUCCUGUUUUCUGUUGUUUACCUUUCUGCAAAAAUCCCAAUAGGGUGUAAUUACAAAUCCUCUCAUAUAAGUUGAAAUGUCAUAAAUUUUGUUCUGAAUCGCUGAGUUGAAUCAGAUGGCUAACCAGAGCUCUUGUAAAAUGAUACUGACAGGAAUGUUUUAGGUUAGUCUAGACUAUAAAUGCUUAUGGCUUUGGCUUCACUUUUGUUUCA